AUGGCGAAAUCGAAGAAACUCUCCACUGGUCAAAAAUUGGGUUGUGAGAGUCUCCUUGGCUGUAUUUUCCAAAGCUGGAGUCCUCGCCGACGAAAACCAUCUUUACCGGAAAAAGAUCACAAAGCAAAAGAUUACUUGCCUCCCAAGUCAAUCACUGUUACAAACCCUAAAAUCCUUCCAAGAAAAUCCACCGAUACUUCUUCUCAACCAAAGAAACAAGAACCUCAAAAACCCCGACAAAAGUCUAAAUCCGACGAAACCAUGCCUCGAAAAUCAUCGGAUUCCGCAAGAAAAUCGAUUUCAUCAGUGUCACCAAGAACAGAGAGCAAGAGGUUUUCAGUUAACGGCGUGAUGGGAAACAUCAUCGUGAAACCACAGCCUCCUCCGGCCGUUAAAGCUGACGUGGCGGCGCGUCCGAAAAAUCGGUGGGAGGGUAAAACGGUAAAUUACAGAAGCGAUCCGGAGACUCUAAAGAGAAUGGGAAACGAAGAGUAUUGUCGUGGGAGGUUUGGAGAAGCUCUUGUGUUUUACGAGAGAGCUAUUUCAGCAGACCCCAAAACGUCGACGUAUUGGUCGAACAAAUCCGCCGCUUUGAUCAGUCUCGGUCGCCUUCUAGAAGCUUCCGAUGCUUGCGAAGAAGCUUUAAGACUAAAUCCGACUUACGAGAGAGCUCAUCAGAGACUUGCUUCUCUCCAACUUAGAUUGGGUGAGGUUGAGAAAGCUUUGUGCCACUAUACUCAAGCUGGGAAAUAUACAGAGACAAAACAUAUAGAACAAGUUGAAGAUGUUAUAAAAUGUUUAAGUAGAUGCGACGAAGCCCGAAGAUCAAAGGAAUGGAACGUUGUUUUGAAAGAGACUUGUUUUGCGAUAUCAUAUGGAGCAGAUUCUUCUCCUAGGGUCAAUGCGCUCCAAACCGAGGCCUUAUUACAUCUUCAGCGACACGAAGAAGCAUACAACGUCUACCAGAAAGGAACAAAACGCUUUGACAUUGAUUGUUUCAUAAAGAUUUUUGGUCUUUCCAUCACUUCUUACCUCUUAAUGGUCGGAGCGCAAGUCUACAUUGCAGCAGGAAGAUUUGAAGAUGCAGUAACGGCGUCAAGGCAAGCAGCUCGGCUAGACCCGAGCAACGAAGAAGUAAACGCGGUGGCUAAAAAAGCGAGAGCGGUUGCUGCGGCGAGACUCAGCGGAAACUUGCUUUUCAACGCGUCGAAAUUCGAAGUGGCUUGCGUGGUUUACACGGAAGGACUCGAGAAAGAUCCAUACAAUGCCCUCUUACUCUGUAACAGAGCUGCCUCAAGAUUCAAGCUUGGUCUGUUCGAGAAGGCCAUCGAAGAUUGCACGUUGGUCCUCGAUCUUCAGCCUUCUUACCGGAAAGCGAGACGGCGCAGGGCGGAUUCCUAUGCCAAGUUGGAUAAAUGGCAACAUGCGAUUCAAGAUUAUGAGUUGUUGGUGAUGGAAAUACCUGGAGACGAAGAGACUAGAAGAGCCUUGGCUGAGGCAAAUGUCCGGUUUAAGAAGCAAGCCGGUGGUGGAGAUAUCCGGUUUAAAGGAAUCGGCUCGGAUUUAGUUGUGGUAAAUUGA